AUUGCGUCACUAAGCAGCCUGGAGGACGAGUAGGGCGACGCAGCUCCUCAGUCACCCAGCUGUUGCCUGUGGUAGAGGUUGUACUGUGACCUCUCCCUUCCGUCCAAGUGAUAUCUCCCAUGUGCUGAUCCAAAAAACCAUGAGAAGCUUUGAAGACAGGACAAAGAUUAAUUCUAUUAGAUAGCCGAGACUUAUAAAAUAGAACGAUAACCCCAAAAAGAAACAAUGAGUCGUAACAAGAGUGCGAGGAACCCAUUGGCUGGGGUGAGGUAUGAGCAUCUCGUGGCUGGGGUGUCUGGUGGUGUGGCCUCUACCCUCAUCCUUCAUCCCCUCGACCUCCUCAAGAUCAGAUUUGCCGUGAGCGAUGGUACGGCGUCAGCCAAGCCUCACUACACGGGUUUGACGCAGGCAAUGAGUGAGAUCUUCCGGCAUGAGGGCAUAAAAGGACUCUACCGCGGCGUCACUCCUAACGUGUGGGGCGCCGGGUCUGCCUGGGGUCUCUACUUCCUAUUCUACAACACAAUAAAAUCCUGGUUUCAAAGUGGGAACAGCAAAGUUCACAUUGGUCCAGGACUACACAUGGUGGCAGCAGCCGAGGCGGGCGUCCUCACCCUCGUCAUGACCAAUCCUAUAUGGGUGGUUAAAACCAGGUUGUGUCUUCAGUAUACAGAUGGGCCAACGGCGGGGAAGAUGAUGCAAGAGUCACACAGAUAUAAUGGGAUGGUUGAUGCUUUUGUCAAGACUUACAAAUAUGAAGGCGUCAGAGGUCUCUACAAGGGUUUUGUUCCUGGCAUGUUUGGUGUGUCUCAUGGUGCACUCCAAUUUAUGGCCUACGAGGAAAUGAAGGCGCAGUAUAACAAGUAUCGCAAUCUGCCCAUUGACGCCAAAUUGACCACUGCAGAAUAUCUCACCUUUGCAUCACUCUCCAAACUAUUUGCAGCUGUCACAACUUAUCCCUAUCAAGUACUACGGGCACGCAUGCAAGACCAGCAUGCCCACUAUGACAACUUGCGACACUGUGUUCGUGAGACGUGGAGACAACAUGGACUCCUGGGUUACUAUAAAGGACUGUUCCCAAACCUCCUUAGAGUUGUCCCUGCGACGGCCCUCACCUUUGUUGUGUAUGAGAAAUCAUCACAUUUCCUGCUCAAUUUACGGAAACCGGAGGAACCUAGUCAAGAGGAGACCAAGUCCACUUCAUGAUCUAUGUUAGUAACUGAACAGCAACGGUGGCUUGUUAUCAUGUAAGAUGUCAAGUUUACCAAAGGGAGCAACCAAGUUUUAAAAGGUUAUUACACAAGCCUCAGUAUAGUAUAUGAUAUAUAAUUUUUUGUUGUGAAGUUAACCAGAUAGGGGCCAGUCUCCAAGUUGUUGUAACUAUGUCAGUAAUAAAAAUCAAUAUUAUUAUGCAUGUCUGUCAACAAUAGCAGCUAUAAAUGGUUGAGAAGACAAGCAGGAGGUUGUCAGGAGGAACUUGAGUACUUCCAUAAAGGUUGUGAUGGUGAGGUCUGGUUACUACUGAUGCUUUGUGCUGCAGAAAGGUGGAUAUUUAUUUAGAAAAAUCGUCAUAUAAGUUACAAUUGAAUCACCAUGAACAUAGACCAUGCAGGUAUACAACCAUCACACCUAGGCAGUGCAUGGUUUUAUUUACUCACGAUAAUUAGGGUCUGUCUUGAGAACAACACAAGUAUUGAGACAAAGUGUCACUCACCAAAGUCCUCAUAGACAGCACUCUAUUUAUUAGCAUUAUGUUGUCUCUGGGGAAGGCCUAGUGCUCCAUGCCUCAUUAUUGUGGGCACAUACUGUACACUCAUCCAUAUAUAAUGAAUUACUGUAAAAGAUUUAGUAGUUAAGUCAUGAGGUAUAAUGAUGGGUUGGUAAUAUUAUAUGGCUUAUUCAGGUCACAGAUCAUUAUGUCUGAUGGUUGACCAAAAUAAGUGUGUAUCAAAAUUUCAUGUGAGGUCAGACGUCAUUGUGUCACAGCCCUACAUGUACUCUAUAGUAAUGAGAGGAUUUGGUUAAUCUGAAUUUAAAUGUGUUGACUUGUUAAACGAGUUGAUGCAGUAUAUGGAGUUUGUCAACCCAUAAUCAAUGGCUAAGGAUUCCCCAUUCUCUCCCCAAUAUGCUCAAAAAUGAAACGCAAGAAACAUGAAGUUUCCUCUGUCCCUAAAGCGAACUUCCAUCAAUGAUAGCCAAUGUUUAAGGGUUCAGCAUUAAUACAAUAAAACUGAUUG